GAAAGUGUUACCGUUACACAGAUUGUCACUCAGCGGUCAGAGAUGGACAAGUUUAAGACGGUUCUGAACAUCGCCAACAAACAGACCAACCUGGGCUUCGGGCUGGUGGCGCUGCUGACAGCUGGGGGGGAGCAGAUCUUCUCCUCCGCGGUGUUCAAGUGUCCCUGCAAUGAGAUGAACUUUCUGUACGGGAUGGUCUUCCUGCUGGUGCCCGCUCUUGCUCUGCUGCUGCUGGGUUACAUCCUGAGUAAGAAGACCUGGAAGCUCCUGACGGGUCUGUGCCAGCGCAGGGCCGAGCUGUGCCGCUGGAAGACGCUGGUCGCCACCGGGGUGGCCCUCUUCCAGAUCAGCACCACGGCGCUGGUGGCGCCCUCCAGCUGGAUUGCUGUGGCUCUGCUCAACGGGGAGUACUUCCAGUGUCUGAUGACCGGAACCAACGCGAGCGUGUUAAACGCGCACCUGUGUGCGGAUAAGAGCUCCCAGGCCCACUGUGAGAUGUACGUGUACAGGCUCCCCUGUGGCACAGUCGGCAGUGUCCCGCAGGCUGACAGGGAGGAUGUCCUGAUCAAACUCAGAGCCGAGUCUCAGAUUCUGGGCUGGCUGCUCAUCGCCUUCAUCAUGCUGUCCAACCUGAUGGUGACCUGUCUGGCUCGGUGCGCCUCCCCCAUCAGCUACCUGCAGCUCAAGUUCUGGAGGGCGUACGCUCAGGAGGAGAACGACCUGAUUAAUUCAUUCACAGCUAAACACGCCAAACAGCUGGCUGAGAGGAACCUAAAGAGUUUCUUCAACCAGACACCCCCUGAACCCCUCACCACCCCGUCCAACAAGGACUGGGAGAAGAUUUCCUCCCUCUACAAGUUCAGCACCAGAGACCAGUACUACAGCACCCUGCACCGGUACGUGGAGAACUGCCAGGAGACCGACAGCAGGAUGAUGAGGAUGUCUUCAGCCACGUCAGGCGAGGCGACAAACACCCCAGCUGUUCUUGAUUUUGUAGACGACGCCAGGAUAGCACUGUGAGGUGGUGUUAGGGUCAGACCGGGUCUGGCUCUGAGGAGUUCAUCCAGAGAUUAAAACUUGUGGUUUGUGUGGGCCUCAGGAUUCACCUCAUGUUUUGCUUUUAAAGGAGAAUGCAUUAGCUAAAGUAUGAAGCAGAGUAUGUCAUUCUCAUGUUGUUUGAGCAGUCCUAAACAGGAAAUAUAUUGGGUGUAAGAGCCAACCACUUCCUCUGCACUGGUGGUAGACUGCACACAUACAUGCACACAUUCAGCCUAUGAGCAUCAGCCAUGAAAAGAAUAUAUUUCCUCUGUUCACAGCAAACUGAUGUCUCUUGAUUCAACUCUGUACCAUCUGUGGUCCACUUUCCAAUUUUAAAAUGAACUCAAAUAAACGUGACUUGAUUUGACCGAU